GUUUUGGGAUUUGCGAUCGUAGAAAUAUUAUUCCUUAUUAUUCAAACUCGAAUAUUUGAAUAUAUCGGCUCUAAUUCCAUUUCAUUCACAGACAAAGGAUGAUCUUAGCAGCAAUACCGAUAGCUCUAAUCCUAUUUGUGAUAGUGUUUCACAUUCUGACCUACUUUCACCGGCGAAAGUAUUCCCACAUUCCUUCCAUACCAAUCCCUGCUUCUCCAAAAUGGAUCAUCGGACAUGGCCCCUUCAUUGUACAAAAAGCAAAAUUGUUGGGCUUCGACUUGACAGCGAUCGUGGAAUCAUUCAGAGCGGACCUAAGCGCAGACACUAUCGUUAUUUUCAGCCCUGGAAUUAAGUCUCCUAUGAUAUAUUCUGUUAGAGAACCGUUCUACUCAAAGAUUUUGAGCGAUCACAAAACGUUCCUAAAACCACCGCCGGCACUGGACUAUGUUAACGGAGUGAGAAUAUUAGGACCGAAGGGUAUUUUGUUGGAAAAGGGUAGCGAAGUGUGGUACCACAAGCGCAGGACGAUGGAUCCUGCUUUCCACAAAAAGUUUCUUAGGAUAUUAAUGGACAAAAUGAAUGAAAAAGCCAGCAAAGUAAGCAAUUACCUAGAUAGUCUACCUGAUAAGAAAAACAUUGACAUUCUGCCAAUUUUGGAGAGAACAGCUUUGGAGGUAAUCUGGAGCUGUGGUUUCAAUGAGACAGACGACAUCAUCACAACUGAAGACUCGCCAAUAAACCAGGCUGUAGCGGACAUAUUCAGGGUGGGAGCAAUGAAAAUAUUCAACUUCACCUUUUGGAUACCAGGAACUUUUAAAGCGGAGAAAAAGCUGCUGUUCGAAAAAGCAGAGUAUCUGCGGGGCCUGAUGACUGAGCGUCUGCAGGACCGAUUUGAUUCCAUAACAGCAGGGACUGACACGACAAAUGACAUCUUGUCCUACAUCAUCAGAGCUAACCAGUUCUCAGACAAGCUCACCAUCCAGGACGUUGUGGACGAUUUCUUUGUGUUCUUGAUAGCAGGCAUGGAGACUACAGCCAUCACUAUGUCAACCUUACUUUGGUACAUGCUCAAGGAUAAAGAAAUGGCCAGGAGGUUGGUGGAUGAGGUGAAUGUGGCAUUUGGAGACAAGGAAGAACUGGAGUUUGACGAUUUGAACGAUCUUGUUUACCUAGAGCAGUGUAUUAAAGAAGUGUUAAGGUUACAUGCUCCUUCAAGAAUCUCGUUCAGAAUCAGUCCAGAUAAGCCUGUCACAGUUGAUGAAAUUGUCUUACCUCCACAAUCCAGGAUCCUAGUUUCUAUUGAGGCAAUCCAUCAUACGGAGAGUAUCUGGCCGGAAGCAGAUAAGUUUGAUCCGAGCAGAUUUGACCCCGGUAAGGAUAUCCGACCUUUCACUUACAUGCCUUUCAACGCUGGACCUAGAGUGUGUAUAGGAAAACAUUUCGCAAUGAUGGAAGCUAAGAUUGUUCUAGCACGGUUACUCCGAGACCUAACUCUGUUUGAUCCGUACCCAGAGGAGAAGAAACUAGAGAUUCACACUCUUCUCCUGGCUCGACCAAAGAAGGGUGUUUUUGUGGGAAUAGUGGAGUGAGUUAAACUGUUGGAAGCACGUGUAGCAUGAUAUGUGAUACAGGUUAUAAAGCUCAUAUUGGACUGAGAGUUAUCAGC